AUGGGCUACAAUCUCACCGCAGAGAUGUUCAGUGAAUGGGCAAUAGGGCUGGUAGUCAUUGCAGUUCGAUUGUACACGCGCUUCUCCGUGGACCGUGGAAUGUUCCGCUGGGACGAUGUGUGCCUGGUGCUUGGAACGCUUUUCUGGACUCUCCUUGUUGUAUUCUUAUAUAUGUGCACCGCUGUCUAUGGCAGCAAUAUAGGCCUCAAUGCCACCACUGCCGCUGAGGUACCCGAUGAUCAGGUCCCAUCGUUAACCAAAGGCUCGAUCUAUGCCUUUCUUGCCUGGCUUUCGUACAUUCUCAUGGUGUGGUCUUUCAAGGGGGUGCUUGUGUUUCUCUACAACAGACUCACGAUCGGCCUUUCGCAACACCGACUAGCCUUGGCUGUGGGCGCCUUCACAAUGUGCACAUUUGUCACCUCACUGCUCUUUGACCUUCUUAUGUGCAGGCCGAUCGAGAAAAAUUGGCAGGUCAAGCCAUAUGCAGGAAACAACUGCACUGUGCGACCAUUGAACUACAUCGUCAUCGAAGUCUUAAGCAUCUUAACUGAUCUCUGUAUCAUGUGCGUCCCAAUUCCACUGAUUAUCGUCGCCAAAAUUCCAACGUCUCAGAAGUGGAUUCUCACGGGUCUGUUUUCCUCCGGCAUCUUCGUCAUGAUCGCUGCCGCUCUUCGAGCAUACUACUCCGUCAAAGACCUCUCAACUCUCGCUACAGCUUUGGGCUGGGCAUCACGGCAGGCCUUUGUCUCAGCCAUCAUCGUCUGCGCCCCGGGGAUCAAGCCUCUCCUCUCUCGCUUUUCGUGGUUUGCAUCCUACAGUUCUUCCCGCGGAUACGAUAAAAAGGACCGAAGCCGAACGACCUUUUUCAACUCCAAAAGUGGGGGUCGAGAUGUUACGGUGGUCAGCACCAGUGAGCCUCAGCCGUACGAGCUCUCGUCCAUGGGCUGGUCAAAAAAACGGCAAAAUUCGUCGGGAGAGAGCCAGGAACAUAUUAUGGAUUUCCUGCCGGCACCACAACAGGGCUACGCGGGCGACUCCGAACGAAACAUGGGCAUUAUGAUUACGACAGAUGUGACUCUUGCGCAUGAAGAAGCCUCUCCUGAAGAUCUGCACAAUGUAUCCACCACCCCUCCAUAUGGGCACUGA